UAGAUUGAAAUCCAGAAGACCUGGAUGCUAACCUGGUCUCUAUUGCCUACUAGUUAUGUAACUUUAAGCAAAUGACAUAAACUCUAAUCCUCAGCUUCCUCAUUUGUAAAAUGGUAAUAAUACUUGCCCUGCAUUUUUAUAGGGCAUUUGUGAAACUCAAAUUAGAUCAGGUAUGUUAACGUUUUUAAAAAUAUAUCACAAGGGCAGAACGCUUCAGACGCUGAGAGACAGGAGGCACUAGGGAUCGUCUGCAGGAUUAGGACUGCUGCAGAGGUCGCCACGAAGCCCGCCGGAGCCACAGUUCCUGCUGCUGCUGCCGCCGCUGCCCAAAUCAAUCAGAACCGUCGGGCCGCAACUGCCAGCAAUGCCUUAAAGGAAGAGGAAUGCAGGCAGUAGUUCAGAUGGACCCAAAGAUUCCGGUUUUUCUACAGAUCUCAAGCACACAGACAGUUCAGAAAGUGAUGGCACAUCCCGACAAUGUGCUCAAGUUACUCGCUCCUCAGCCAGGCUAAGCCAGAGUUCUCAAGAUUCCAGCCCUCUUCGAAAUUUGCAGUCUUUUGGCACCGAAGAGCCUGCUUAUUCUACCAGAAGAGUGACCCGUAGUCAGCAGCAGCCUACUCCAGUGACACUGAAAAAAUACCCUCUUCAGCAGACUUGUUCAUCUGGCUCAGAAACUGAGCAAGUGGUUGGUUUUUCACAUAGAGAAACGAAAAAUACAGCUGAUCAUGAUGAGUCACCACCUCGAACUGGAAAGGAUCCUUCUUCUGAGUCUGACAUAGACAUUUCCAGCCCCAAAGUGUCUCACGAUGAGAGCAUUGCCAAGGACACGUUCCUGAAGGACUCAGGCAGUGAUCCCUCUCAUUGCCCCAAGCGCCGUCACUUUCACGAAAGCUACAACUUCAAUAUGAAAUGUCUGACACCAGGCUAUAACCAUCUAGGAUACCUUACAGGAAAACAUGAGAGACAUUUCUCCAUCUUACGAGGCCCUCUCUAUGAUAACCUCUCAGCUGACGAAUGCAAGAUGAGAGCACAGAGCCGGGAUAAGCAGAUAGAAGAAAGGAUGCUGUCUCACAGGCAAGAUGACAACAGGCCUGCAACCAGGCACCAGGCACCAACAGAGAAGCAGCUUCAAUAUAAGGAAAAAGUGGCUGAACUCAGGAGGAAAAGCAAUUCUGGACUGAGCAAAGAACAGAAAGAGAAAUAGAUGGAACACAGACAGACGUAUGGGAACACACAGGCACUUCUCACAGAAAACCUGACAAGCGAGUAUCAGUUGGAUAUUUUCCAAAGAGCACAAGCCUGGGCUUCAGAGGAUUUGAAGAAGCUAAGGCUGCAAGGCCAAAUCACAGAGAGAAGCAACAUGAUUAAAACAAUUGCUUUUGGCUGCUAUGAGCUUGAUACCUGGUACCAUUCUCCCUAUCCUGAAGAAUAUGCAUGGCUGGGACGUCUCUAUAUGUGUGAAUCCUGUUUAAAAUAUAUGAAAAGCCAAACGAUACUCCACCAGCACAUGGCCAAGUGUGUGUGGAAACACCCACCUGGUGAUGAGAUAUAUUGCAAAGGUUCAAUCUCCAUGUUUGAAGUGGAUGGCAAGAAAAACAAGAUCUACUGCCAAUACCUGUGCCUGUUGGCCAAACUUUUUCUGGACCACAAGACAUUAUAUUACAAUGUGGAACCCUUCCUGUUCUAUGUUAUGACAGAGGCGGACAACACUGGCUGUCACCUGAUUGGGUAUUGUUCCAAGGAAAAGAAUUCAUUCCUCAACUACAACGUGUCUUGUAUCCUUACCAUGCCUCAGUACAUGAGACAGGGCUAUGGCAAGAUGCUCAUUGAUUUCAGUUAUUUGCUUUCCAAAGUCGAAGAAAAAGUUGGCUCCCCAGAACGUCCACUCUCAGAUCUGGGGCUUAUAAGCCAUCACAGUUACUGGAAAGAAGUACUUCUCCGCUACCUGCAUAAUUUCCAAGGCAAAGAGAUUUCUAUCAAAGAAAUCAGUCAGGAGACGGCUGUGAAUCCCAUGGACAUUGUCGGUACUCUGCAAGCCCUUCAGAUGCUCAAGUACUGGAAGGGAAAACACCUAGUUUUAAAGAGACAGGACCUGAUUGAUGAGUGGAUAGCCAAAGAGGCCAAAAGGUCCAACUCCAAUAAAACAAUGGAUCCCAGCUGCUUAAAACGGACCCCUCCCAAGGGCACUUAAAGUGACCUGUCAUUCUGAGCCAGCGAACCCCAGCAGUAGGAAUCCGUACCCUAGGGAUCUGUCUGUCAUUUCUGUUGCUCUUGUGAUUGGCAAGUACCGUUUAGGAAGGCCAUCCCCCUCAGGACUGUCCUGGCUCUGACCUUCAUGUACACUGCAGACGCUGGUUCUAAGGAACUGUUGUUUCAGCCUCAGUGAGGUUGCCUGGAUGGGAUCUGUAUUAGACUUGAGUGCAGAUCUCUCAGCACUGACCUAAGGAGUUUUGUUAUGGUACUGUACGUGUCCAGCCACUGGUUCUCUCCUCAUGUCCUCUCGCCCCAUGAGGUUGUUCUGUGUCUUCUAAGCAUGGUACUAGUGCUUGCCACCUGUCACCAGCCCUCCAAAUAUGGCUGCCACCACCAGGACCUUUCCAGUUACUCCUAAUACAUAUGUUCUAUGGAGGGGCAGGGAAGAGGUGGCACUUGUGAGUGUGUGUGGAUUAGGAGGGGGUCCAUUCACUUUGGGCUAUAUCUUGCUUUAAAUUUCUUUCCUUCAUUUUGAUUGAGAGACCUCUUUUUGAUCAGUAUUGGGCUAACCAGAGCCAAAUACUUUUGAAGAGCUUCCCAGGGACUAGUCAUGGUAACAGCAUAUAAUUUAUCGGAAUGAGAUGGAGAGAAAAAUGAAGUGGUGGUUCUGUGCUUGAGUUCACCUGUGGGCAGUGGGCAGUGUCUUGGGAGAAGGGAAUGGAUACUUCUUUUUGCCUCACCAGAAAGGACCCACCAGUAAAUGUUUCCUUCUCUCUUUACUCCCAGUCCCUUUGUACAUUUGCAGGUGCCAAAGUCAUAUCCAGUUCACCCUUUCCUGCUACAUGCUAACUGGUUAAUUAUACUGCAGAAACUUUUUCACCUGUACCAGUCCCGAUGUACAUCUGUCCUUCCAUAUAAAUUGCACUGGUUUUGUCUGAAUGCCCUGGGAGAAGUUGAAAAUGAUUGAAAGUGCCUUCUGUAUUUCAGCCCAUGACAGCAAGGCAGAAUGCCCGCCCCUGCCAAGGUUUGCUUCUCUUUUCAAUGGUGCCUCACCCUCCCUCUAGGAUUAAAGUGCUUCUGCCCUUCCAUGAAUUCCUCCUCCAUUUCCUUUUUGGGAUUCGUACCAUCCUUCUUUUGUCUGGUCUUCUAUUUUUGGUGUUGUUCAAGUGGAGGAAGAGAUGUUUCCUCUAAUUUCUCUCUAGCCCAUUAUAACCUGCUAUCUUGGGGCAACUUUUGAUGUAUGACAUGUCACCCUUCCCAACUUGGUCUCCUGCAACAUGCUGUUUUCAUGUGGAGCCCUCACCACAAUCCCUGAUUCUGGUCAUUUGUGCCUUUCUCUUGUCAUCUCUGUAUACUACUUAUAUUCACUGUGGGUUGUGAGAGCUAAUUUUAAGCAUGUUCAGUGGCAGCUCCCCUCCAGUUUCAGUGUCACUGUUAAAAUUUAUCCAAAAGCAACUUCACUGGGAGUUUUCUUAAGGGGUAAAGGCCUUUUAAAGAAGCUAAACCCUCCGCCACGUGGUAGAAUGUGCUCUUCUAUAUCUAGCCCUCAAUAAAGCAUGUUCUCUGCUCAGAAAAAUAUAUAUAUAUAACAAGAUAUAAUUUUAAAGUAUUUAGAGGUGGUAUUAUUAAAAUUACUGAGUAAUACUUACUACAUGGAUUCUCAGUUUUGAAAGAAUUUAAACAAAAUAUGGCCAUAGUUAAAUCCUACUCCACAUCAAAGAAUCUUGUGGUUUAUUUCUUCCAGGAUUUUGCCCAUGUUAUCAUUUCUAGUCAUAGUCCCACUUCCUCCCAUACAGCAACAUACCAUAAAACCUUCAAUUAUUUGCAAGUCCACCAUAAAUUUGGUUUUUUUUAUGUCUUAUGUAUUUAUAACCUCUAUCACUCAGAAUAGUACUUAAUGUUUUCACCAAUUUCUCCAUAUGUGUUAGUACUGUCUCCCAAAGUGGAGUUAUCACUUUGUGGAAUUAUAAAUUCCUUGAGGUUGAAAAUUAUGUAUUUAAGUGGUAGUAUCUAACAUUUAAUAAAAUCAAAUGAUGUACUAUGUUCUAUUUUAAGUGCUUUACCCAUAUCAAUGCAUUUUUUACUUACAACUGCCCUGCAAGGUAUGUACCACGAUUAUCCCUGCUUUGCUGAAUUAAAAACUGAGUUGAGGUUAUGUAACUUGCUCAGUUCGUCAGCUAGUAAACAUCAGAACGAAGGUUCAAACCCAGGCAGUCUGAUUUCACAACCCAUGUUCUUAAUUUGCUAUAAUAUCCUGCUGUACCAUUUUCAAGCAAAAAGCUUCAGCUGUGCAAGAGAAAUACGUUCUAGAGAUCUGUUGUACAACACUGUUGUCUAUAGUUAACAAUACAGUAUUGUAUACUUAAAAGUUUGUUAAGAGGAUAUAUUUCAUGUUAGGUGCUCUUAUCACAGUAAAAGAUAUAUAAAUAUAUAGAGAAAAAGGGAAAUAUAGAAAAUAAAAGUUUAUUUUUUAGUGAUUUUUUUAAUGAUUUGUUCAUUUAUUUUAAAAACUAGGUUUAAUUAAACUAUAAGCUUAUAUUUUUUAAUUACAUAAACACAUGAACGAUGACCUAAAGCCUAUUAUUUGAGUUGGAAGAACAUCUUAAGAAUAUUAUAUCCUGGCCAGGAACAGUGGCUCACACCUGUAAUCCCAGCACUUUGGGAGGCUGAGGCAGGUGGAUCACGAGGUCGAGAGUUCAAGGCCAGCCUGGCCAACAUGGUGAA